CUGCUGUUGUGGUUGAAGUUCUCCUGCGCUCAGCUGACUCGAGUCGGGGAAUCAUCAUCGUUAUUAUCGCGCACAGGGAAGCAGGAGAGGCGGCCAUGGCGGCGGAGAUCCACUCGAGGCCCCAGAGCUCCAGACCGGUUCUGCUGAACAAGAUUGAGGGCCACAGCGACGGCGUGAACGCGGCGGUGCUUAUCCCGAAGGAGGACGGAGUAAUCACGGUCAGCGAGGACAGAACGAUUCGGGUUUGGCUGAAGCGGGACAGUGGACAGUACUGGCCCAGCAUCUACCACACUGUGUCCUCGCCCUGCUCCUGUGUGUCGUAUCAUCAUGACAGCCGGCGGAUCUUCAUCGGUCAGGAUAAUGGAGCCGUUGUGGAGUUCCUCAUCUCAGAAGACUUGAACAAAAUGAACCAUGUUAAAACAUACCCAGCUCAUCAGAACCGAGUGUCAGAUCUCCUGUUCUCUAUGGAGAGUCAGUGGCUGGUCAGCACGGGUCAUGAUAAGAGCAUCAGCUGGAUGAGCACUCAGAGCGGCUCUAUGCUGGGACGCCACAGCUUCGGCUCCUGGGCUUCCUGUUUACAGUAUCCUUCACCUCAGACCAGUCUCUCAACGCUUUUACUCUGACUCUAUAUUUAGAUCGCUCUCUGUGUGUCUCCUGAGCAUUCUGUUGUGUGCUAAUGGAUAUAAUGGGAUUGAGGUGGUCACAUUUUACAGAUU